AUGAAGAAAUCUACUUUUAAAAGUGCAAAUAUAAGGGUUCGUUACCCGAAUGUGUACGUCGCAAGACCAGAUAUCGAUAUACCAGAAGACUUAGAUGAUGCUAUGUACGAAGACUUGAUGCAAGAGAGACCAGAACUUAAGCCAUACAUAACAAGAAGGCUCCCAUACCUCAAAGCAGAUUAUGGUAGCCCCGAAGGUUUUGAUUCACAUUAUCUUAAUGAUCACACCGAUCUCCUCAAACCUCAUUCACUUAGACUACCAAAUGUUAAAUUAAAGGAUAACGAAAACAAAGGGUUUUUAGACGAGAUGCCGGAAUAUCGAAACCAAGAAAGUUUGUACCAUCAAUACGAAGAUUAUUUUGAAGAUGAAACCCAAAUGAAUAAACCGAACAACACUGAUUGGCAAACAAAUCAUAACCUCUCAGCAAUCGUGCACUUAAAUCAAAAUGUUUCAAGGAGGCUAUUUUGGUCAAUAUUCAUAAACCGCUAUUUCUCAGGCACGUUCAAAUCUAAAUGCUACUGGUGCGGAAUGAAUACCUCCGAUAUACCUAGAAGUCCUCUUUGCUACGAUGUUUUUGAAUCGGGUGAUGGACGAGCGAGGACAUUAAAGAGAUUCUUCCGUGCCUACUGUUACAGAAAUAGCGACGGACAUAGAGCCAUGAGGAAGAGGAAAUGGAGCAAAUACCCCUACGAGAUGGGUGCCAGUCUAAUAAGAGAGUACUAUGGCUGGUUCACCGGGGGUUGUUUCAAGCGUUUUCUGGACGUCGGCAAAGUGUAUACUCAGAGGGGGUGUCGAGCCCACUAUCCCAUGAGGUCUUGGCACACAUUCGGUGCCACUUCCUAUUCUAGCCGGAGGAGUUACGCCGCUCAUAGGUUCGCUAAACUGGAGUACCCCUUAAAGAACGUCAAGAAGGACAUGUGUAUAGUCAGCCCUCACGCUUCCCUGACCCCUUUCAGCCGCGGUAUAUCUCUAUAUGCUAGGUAUCACGUGUGCAUCUGCAGAAAAAACUAUUGUAACCGCGUGACGAGAGUAGGAUUAGGAAUUGUGUCAGACAUACCCUGGCUGUUGCCGCAGACAAGUCGUCAUGAAAGCAAUUUGGAGUUUGUGGACUGGUGA